AUGGCAUCUAUUAAUCGAAAAACAACAAAGAAUAUUUUGAAAUUAAUUACAAUACAAGUUAUCGUUAUUAUUGCUGUUAUAUAUUACAUUAUUUUUUAUCAUCAUAAACCAUUAAAUAUAUCUGUAUCUGAAUAUAAUAAAACUUUAAAUUUAUCAAAAAAUCAUAAUUUAUCGAUAAAAUGGAAUAAUCAUCCUCGAGGUGUAAUUGUUACACUUAUUGGCAGUACAAAUACAUCAAUAAUUCGUGUUAUUAAUAUGAUUCAUUCUGUUAUACAAUUUCAUUCAGUUAAGGAGAAUUUUCAUUAUCCAUUUCUUAUAUUUCAUGAUCAAGGUUUAACAUUAUCAAAGCGUCAAUAUAUUUUAUCAUGUACAAAUUAUACUAAUAAGAAAAUAAAUAUUUUAUUUAUUCUUCUUGAUUAUCAAACAAAUGCACAAAUAUCACCAAAUUCAACUCAAAGACCAAGUAUUGGAUAUCGUUUAAUGUGUCGAUUUUGGUCAUAUGAUGUUUUUUAUCAUCCAGCAAUCCGUAACCAACAAUAUGAUUAUUUAAUGAGAAUGGAUGAUGAUUCAUAUUUUCUAGAUAAGACUAAAUUAGAUCUUUUUGAAUAUAUUCAUAAACAAAAAUUAGAUUAUGUUUAUCGAUCAUUAUAUACUGAUACAUGUAAAGCUUUAUUUUCAAUUGAAAAACAAUUUACUAAUCGAACAGUUGCUCGAACUGAUUGUAUAUAUAAUAAUUUUUUUCUUAUUCGGUUAAACUGGUUUUAUCAAUCAGUAAAAAUACAACGUUUUUUAAAUGAAUUAAUUCGAGAUGAUUUAAUGAUUCGAGAAUAUAUUGGUGAUGGAUGUGUUCAUGCUGCUAUGAUUGAUAUUGACAAAAAUAUUAGAAUUAGAAAAUUCAUGCGAAUUCCUUAUGGUCAUAAUUAUCAUAUUAUGUUAAUGAAUCGAGGAGUAAUUUACAAUCGUGUUAAUGAAUUUCUUUCACAAAUGGCUAUUUCAUGUCAUCAAUUAACUAUUAUUAAUAGUUAUGAAAAAAAUUUUAAAAAAAUUCAAAUUUCACUACAAAAAUAA